GGUUGAGCUGCAGCUGUUUGUCUGUUCGACACAGGCUUGGGCCCGACGGGGGAGACGGAGCCCCAGGACUAUUGAGACCUGGAAGCUCCCUCCCCUCCCCCCUCCCCCUUUUGCCGCUUUGUGGCAUCCCCCUCCCUCUCCCCUUUCCCUCUCUAAUAACCUGGCCAUGACUAGCAGAAGCACAGCCAGGCCCAAUGGGCAGCCCCAGGCCAGCAAAAUAUGCCAGUUCAAAUUGGUCCUGCUGGGCGAAUCUGCAGUGGGCAAGUCUAGCCUGGUGUUACGUUUUGUCAAAGGGCAGUUCCACGAGUACCAGGAGAGUACCAUUGGAGCCGCCUUCCUCACCCAGUCCGUUUGUCUAGAUGACACAACAGUCAAGUUUGAAAUCUGGGACACGGCCGGGCAGGAGCGAUACCAUAGCUUGGCCCCCAUGUACUAUAGGGGUGCCCAAGCUGCAAUUGUGGUUUAUGACAUAACUAAUCAGGAAACCUUUGCCCGCGCAAAGACAUGGGUGAAAGAAUUACAACGACAAGCCAGCCCUAGCAUCGUUAUUGCCCUGGCAGGAAACAAAGCUGACCUGGCCAACAAACGCAUGGUGGAGUAUGAAGAGGCCCAGGCGUAUGCAGAUGACAACAGCUUAUUGUUCAUGGAGACUUCAGCCAAGACAGCUAUGAACGUGAACGAUCUCUUCCUGGCAAUAGCUAAGAAGUUGCCAAAGAGUGAACCCCAGAAUCUAGGGGGUGCAGCAGGCCGAAGCCGAGGUGUGGAUCUCCAUGAGCAGUCCCAGCAGAACAAAAGCCAGUGUUGUAGCAACUGAGGGGGUGGCUAGCAGCAAAACAAGUACGGAGCUAGCACGAGAGCUAAGAAAUCACCUCCAUCCCUGCCCCCAGCACACAGCCCCUUCAGUAACAGCACACUGAGCCCUGGCUCCCAAGGGCUGCCUCCUGACAGCUCCGUCUUGGCACUUUUUAAUGCUUCAGCAACCAACACCAGGCAGCUGUUGCCACUGGCCCCCUACCCCCUACUCGGGGGCUUGGAGUUCAGAUCCCCCUGGGACUUAUCUUCCAAAACAAACUCUUCACUUUGUAUUAUAGGUGCAAGACAGUGACCUCCUCUUUCCUCCUCUUCCCCAGUGUUCUGUAUUUUUCCCCCCCCAGAAAACACCACUUUCAUCUCCUGCCCUUUCCCCUUCUGCUUUUGGUCAAUCUCUGUUCUUGAUCCCCCUUUUCUCCUUCCCAGGAUGGAGAGGAGGGAGAUUUCCAGUUCAGUCACAUUAAGGGCCCUGGGGGAGAGGAAGGCUCAUAGCAAGAAGGAAACUUUUUUUUUUUUUUUUGCUUUUAUUCGUUUGGAGUUUAUCAUAUUUGAAAACACUGCAGUACCCGUGAGUUGGCCUUGUGGAGGGUGUUUCCAGCAAGAGAGGAGACUGGGCAGGCACGCUCUCUGAUCCCAGGCAGGAGUUGGGCUGAGUUAGCUAACUGGCUGAAGUCGGAGAGCAUGCAGAUGCAACGUCUCUGGUGGCUCUGAACUCUUCCGAGGCCCGUUUCCCUUCAUUCCCUUCACCCAGGCUCUUGGGUAGCUUCUGCCCCAGAGAGGGGCUCGAACCCCCGAGUCCUCCAAAGAACGUUCUCUGGUUGCCUGCAUCGUUAGCUCUUUUGUGGUCUGAUUGGAGGAGGGACCAGUUUGUGAUAGCCAUCCUCUGAUUAUACAGAUGCAUUUUUCCCCCCUCUGGCUUUUAAAUGGGCCCUAGUCAUCAUACCCAUUGCAGUUUGCACUUUAAUUGAUGGUAUUUCAGUUGGGAUACUUGUUUUAUGGGGGGGUUGAUCGAUUUACCACCUUCCCACUUUACUUUUUAAUGAAAUGAAAUCCAAGUGUGUAAUGUUUUGAGAGGCUGUAAAGAACGAUAUUCAUGCUCAGUCUUCACUGCUAGCGUUCUCCAACUCUGAUCCUUAACCUGUGUUCUAGCCAACCUAGCUCGUAAUGGGAGUUUGCCUUUCCUGGAGAAUUACCUGAGCAAGUCAGGCGCAGUCUCAGCAUAUUCCUCAUAACAUAGGCCAAUGGAGGAGGGGGAGGCAGGGCCAGGUAAGAGGGAGGGGCUUUCUCUUUUUCCAGGGUUCACAUUCAAUUUGAUAUGCAUUACCAUGUCUUUUCUACUUCCCUGUAAAUAGGUGUGGUCUUCGUUCCCACUGUACAGUCUGUUCUGUCUCCCAAUUCCCCUCAGCCCUAUUUUCUCCUUCGCUCAUGUCUUCAGUUUGGUUCUUCCAGCCCUACCCCUAUGCAUCCUUGUACCACAGAGGCCUACUUGUGUGGCCCCUUUGUAUCACACCUGUUUCUGUGGACAGGGAAUAACUAGCACUGAAAGGUACCUCACACCUGUCUCCUUUCUAGGUCUCUUCAUCUCUCAUCAGGUGUUUUAAGGAUAUUUGGGGGAAGCCAGCAAGGCAAGAGAGAACUCUAGAGCCCUUGUUUUUCUGGCCUAGAGUUUUUUGGGAAAGAUUGGAGAAGAAAGAUAGGAAUGCCAUAGUGACCUAGGAUUGGAACCUCUGUUCUUUUGGCUGGCAUACUGCCUUCUGUCCCAAAGCAGCUGAGAAUCCCAUGAAGUUGAGUUUGGAGGACCCAACUUAGGUUCUUAUACUUAGGCCACAAUUCCCUUCCUUUUCCAGGGGCAGCCUUAGUUCCCAUGGCCCUGAAACACAUUUUCCUCUUUUGUCCCCAGCACCCACUAGUUCCCCAAAGCACUCGGUGCAUCCUUUUUAUAAGUCGAGGAACUGGGAUGGCUCUUGAGUUUCUUAGAAGUGAAGUUCAUUCUCCGUGCAGCUUUCUCCAUGGAACUGAAGGGAAGAUGCUUCAUUGCCUUGGGGCUGGGGAACCAUUUCCCUGGCUUCGUCUCCAUCUCCUCUCUGUCCCCACUACCGACUACCGUUAGGAACAGGAUUGGCCUUAGCUUCUGGGCCUCCCUGCUGCCUUCCCUUUAACUUUACAAGGUCUUCUGCUUUCCUUUGAGCUCUGCUGGGCUUGGGGAUCUUAUAUUUUUAAUUCCCAGCUCUCCCAUUUUUCCGAUCUGUUGGGUGUUUUUGUUUUUAAAGUGGGGUCUUUCUUUUCUUUACUUUUUUUCUUUUGCUUCUAAGAAAGCAUUUGCCCUGCCCCCCCCCUCUCUCUCCCAACAUAACAAUCGUGGUAACAGAAUGCAACUGCUGAUUUACCGAUGUAUUUAAUGUAAGUAAAAAAGGAGAAAAAAAGUGUA